AUGAACGGUGGUAGCAAGCAAACGCUGAUAUACAGCUUCGUGGCCAAGGGCUCCGUGGUGCUGGCCGAGCACACGGCCUUCUCCGGCAACUUCAGCACCAUCGCCGUGCAGUGCCUCCAGAAGCUGCCCUCCAACAGCACCAGGUCCACCUACUCCUGCGAUGGCCACACCUUCAACUUCCUCGUUGACCGUGGUUUUGUGUUUCUUGUGGUGGCCGAAGAGGCGUUGGGAAGGAGCGUGCCGUUUGUGUUCCUAGAGAGGGUUAGGGAAGACUUCAUGCAGAGGUAUGGGUCCAGUAUCGAUGAGGAGGGACAACACCCGCUUGCUGAUGAUGCGGAUGAGGACGAUUUCCUGUUUGAGGACCGGUUUAGCAUCGCCUACAAUCUUGACCGGGAAUUCGGGCCAAGGUUGAAGGAUCACAUGCAGUAUUGUAUUAAUCAUCCAGAGGAAAUUAGCAAGCUCUCUAAGGUGAAAUCACAUCUUUCAGAGGUUAAAGGGAUCAUGAUGGACAACAUCGAGAAGAUAUUAGAUCGUGGCGAGAAGAUUGAACUUUUGGUGGGCAAGACCGAAACCUUACAGUCGCAGGCCGACAGCUUCCAUAGGCAUGGCAGAGAGCUCAGGCGCAAGAUGUGGCUUCAGAACCUGAGGUUUAAGCUGAUGGUCUGUGGUGGCAUCGCAUUUUUGAUCCUCAUCCUCUGGCUAAUGGUUUGCAGGGGCUUCAAGUGCUAG